AUGUGUAUCAUGGCUUGCAACCGAUCCAAUGAGAUCCCCAACCUCUCCAUAGACCAGGGGACCUACCUCAGCCAACACCUGAGUCCUCAGUCUCGACCCGCCGACUUCUUCGACAGACCCGACCCUCUCGCUGCCAACUGGAGCUAUGACAGUGCCAUUGACCUGUUCUCCGUCAACCCCGCCGAUAUGGAGCCCGUGUCAUUCGACUUCGCCGACAGUCUCACGAAUCUUGAGUCCAAGGAUCUCUUCAAUGACCCAUUUGCUGGCUCUGGGAUUGGUGGGUUCACCAUGCCCGAGGAUGCAGCUUCACUAUCAUCGGAAUUUGAAAGUGACGAUCAAACAUGGCCAUCUGCUGCUGCCCCACAAUCCAUCGACUCGAACGCGUUCGAGACCCAGCCGACAAAGCAACCUUCAAACUACACCUCUUCUCAACCUCAAGCACAGAACAAGACUCGCUCAUCUUCAACAAGAUGGUCAUCGAGUCCAGAAGUGAAGGAAGAAGAGAUUGCUACGCCCCAACCCUCCAAAUCCACCACAUCCCGCAAGACCCGAAGCUUUUCCCGAGACUCAAACCACUCCUCAACGGGCGGCCAAGACCCUCAAAUGCGGAAUGCUGCCAAGCGUGCCGCCCAUAACAUCAUCGAGAAGCGCUACCGCACCAAUAUGAACGCCAAAUUUGUUUCCCUCGAGCAGGCCAUCUCGCCCUCCGGUGUUCAAAAACAUACCAAGGUUGGCGCGGGGUCUCUCAAAAAGUCCGAGAUUCUUACCAAUGCCCUUGCCUACAUCGAUGGCAUUCAGCAGGAAAACCAGGCCCUGCACAAGGAGAUCGCACUACUCAAGCAAAACUUGCUACCUGGUGGAAUCUGGCGACACUCCAAAAACCCCCGACUAUGA